AUGCAGAGAGCCGCCCACUACGCGAUCCAAGAGUUGGCCCGCGGACGCCCUGACUGCAACCCGCAGUUGCACUGCCAGGCGCCAUCGCCGGUGGUGUGCUCUUGUGCGGGGGUCUCGUGGUGGACGGUGCUCGCCUGUGGAUCGCUGCUCGCGGUGGCGCUUUUCAGCGCCUUCCUGGCGGAAGCGGAAUGGCAUCAGCGGUCCUUCUCAACGCCGGUGCCGCAGCCCGGUGGGAUCGACAUCGGCCAGGCUGCGCGACGUCAGACGCUGCUGAUCCGCCGGCGCGAGCAGAGGCCGCUGGAGCGAUGGCUGCAGCAGUGCCAGAGCCAGGGCAUCGAUCCAGACACGGCCCACGGCUGCCAGGAGGAGCCCCAGCAGUUGUUCGUGGACGGCCUCGCCCUGAUCGGAGCUGGAGAGCUGAUGAUCGAGCCGCCUCAGCUGCCGCUCGUGGUCAUGUGGACGGGCGCCGAGCCGCUACGCGAGUUCGACAUCGUCGAGCGUGAGGCCGCAGGCGAGGCCCAGUUCUGCCGCGCCCCGGCCGUAUCCCGAGACGUGUCCGAACUUUUCUGGAAGUCUCCAGCUGGGGCCUCCAACGGGGCCUCCCUGGACCUGCGGAGCCCCGAAGGGCGCGAGAUGGCGGCCGGCGCCAAGUCGGCGCUGGGCCGGGCGGUGCCCCGGGCCAGGCAGCUGCUGCAGGUCGUGGUCCCGCCGCCGGGCACCUUGCCGAUAGAGUGGGAGUCCAAGGAUAGGAGUCGCCUCGACUGGAAGACGGUCAUCAAGCUCAGCAGGCCUGGCUGGUGGCUGGUGCACGUAUGGCUCUACCUUGCCCCUACGGGCCAGAUGUACGAGCUGCUCGCGACCUGGCCUUUCUGGCUGGGGCUCCUCUACGCGGUCUUCCCCUUGAAUUUGUUGGUGUACGGCCUGAACGAUUAUACCGACGUUGAGCUAGACAGGAAUAACGACCGCAAGGGCAACUUCAUGUACGGCGCGAAGUGCUCUCUGGAGCAGAUGCAGGCUCUGCCCCACCUCAUCGUGCUCAUGAACGUUGGCGGCAUUGCGGUGCUGGCAGCCAUCACCGGGCGGUGGGCCGCGCUGACCCUGUGGCUCGUCAUCUGCUUCGCGGUGAACGGGGCGUACAACCUGCCGCCGCUCUGCCUCAGCUCGCGGGGGCCCUGGGAGCUCCCGUGCGUGGUCGUCGGCUUCUCAGGCGUGGCGCCGCUCGCGAGCAUCGUCAACCAGAUCGGGUGGCCGCCGUUCGGCUUCGUGGCACACAUGACCUGCCUGGUGCUCCGAACCCAGCUCUGGACCGAGUUCCUCGACUACGAGCCAGACUUGGCCUGCGGGCGGCGCACGACCUCCACGCUGGUCGGCAAGGCGUGGUCGAAGGUCCUCGUGGUGUUCUUUCUCGUCGCAGAGGCCGUCGUCACGUUUUUCUUCUUCGACGACAUCCUCUUGAUGACUGCUGCUACCCGAAGGGGGGCAACGGCAGCAAAGCCAGCACGGGGCACAAUGUGUCAGGUGUGA